UGUAAUGCAUGUAAUGAGCUGAAACUUGGGUUAGACUUUUGCCCAUGUCCUCUCCAAUGCAGCCACACAAUCUGGCUUUCACACCUUUAAUCAGUCGAUUGCAAUCAACUGAUCAAAGGGUGUGUGUCAAGUGCUAUCGUCGCGUUUUUUUUCUUUCGUGAAAUGACCGAGCGUGAAGAUCAGAGAAUUUGUAUUAAAUUUUACUUUAAUCUAGAAAAAACUGCCAAGGAGACCAUGGAAAUGAUUCGGAAAGCUUUUGGCACUGAUUCUAUGAGCAAGAGCAAUAUUUAUGAGUGGUAUAAUCGCUUUAAAUCGGGUCGUGAAACAGUCGCUAGUGAUCCGCGGUCCGGGAGACCUUCAUCGACGAAUUCUCCCGAUAAUGUGGAAAAAGUUCGGGAAGCUAUUGCCCAAGACAGUCGGUUAGCCAUGCGGGAACUGGAAAAGCAGCUAAAUAUCCCGAAGACCGUCGUUGCGGAAAUUUUAACUGAAAAACUCGGGCUCCG